AACUCCAAGCGUUUUUCCAUUAAAUCUGUAUUUAUCCACAAUUCACUGCCUAUUGAACUGGGAGAAAAAUUCCAAUAGUCCAUAUAUGGAUUUUGCGGAUGCCGUGUGUAACUUGCAGCUGGUUUACGCAAGUUACAGGAUAAUAAUCGCGCGCCGUUGCGUGUGCAUAUCUAUUCGGCUCGGCCUGGCUCACACAGACAUGAACAUGCAUUAUCUCAAAACGAAACCGGAGGAAUCUUUUGUGGACUCUGCUAGUCUGUCCCAACAAAGUCGCAUUCAUAAUACGAUUUAUUAGUCGAUAAUGCAAAAUUUCCCAACUACGUAUUUUGUGACGGGAGAAGCGUGACAAUUACGAGUAUGAAAAUUUAUUUUGAAAAAUCUUUGGUGUAGAAGAAGUUGAAAAACAACCGUCAGCUUUGUUCGUAAUGCAGCUGGUAAUUUAUGAAGACACAGAACGAUGACCGGUGGGAAACCGAACUACUCCAUAGUUUUCUCGAUACCGGUGGCAUUUUGUUUUCUGUAUGGAUCAACACUGUUUCGCCCAACAGUCCAGUUUUCUGAGGAAAGUUUGAAGAUGCUGGCUGAAAAACUUGGAUCCCGACUACACCGCAUUACCCGGGAAGUUUCCGGUUACGAUGAGAUCGAAAAGGGAUUUACCAGUUCCGGCGCAAAAAUCGAGGAAAUUGACCCAAGCAAAUCGUUACUAGCUAUUCGUGACGAGCUUGGCCGAGCAAUAAACAAAAAAAUCGUGGCUUUAAAGAGACUCGGAGAUUUUGCUGAAGAAAUUGCGGACGGAUACAGAUGGGACGGUGGAAUAAAUACCAGCUACCCCAAUGCCAAAGAGCCUGACAGUCAUACUUUCGGAUUUGAUCCCGUUGAGCUGAUACAGGAUUCACGCUUUCAUAACGAUGCCGUUAAUUUGCAGUCAAGCACAUUACAUGUCCCUACCAACGUUUUUUCCCGGUCUUUAGCCAUCCAGAACGCGGCCAAAUGGACGAAAAAGCUAAAUCAUAUGUUCCGCUACAAUUUCUACCACGAUCAUACACUGGUGUCGCAAUACUUUGCCAGCACCACUGGCUUCCAGCGAAUGUACCCGGGAGUGAGGUGGCAGUAUUCCCGUGAUCCCGACAAGCCGGACAUGUACGAUUGCCGCUUAACUAAUUGGUACAUCAGAGCCGCAAGUAGUCCCAAAGAUUUGGUCAUUUUAUUGGAUAUAAGCGGCAGCAUGACUGGCCGCCGACGAGAUACGGCGCGGCGCACUGCCAUUGAAAUCAUGAACACACUAACUGAUGAUGACUUCUUCAAUAUUCUCACCUUUAAAGAUGACACGCAUUUCCUGGAUCCCUGUAACAACGGCACAUUGGUGCAGGCCACGGAUGCCAUGAAAAAGCGUUUUGAAAAAUUAUUAUUCACCCUGCCAACAAAAAACUUCGCCAAUUACACUGUGGCACUUCCGGUGGCGUUUGACUUACUACAACGCAAUGACACUGAAAAGUCGGCGAAGUGCAAUAAAGCUAUCAUGAUCGUUUCCGAUAACGCCCCCGAUUCCUUUGAAGACAUCUGUAGUCGGUACAAUCCGGAAAGGAACGUGAGGUUUUUUGCAUAUGUUAUUGGCCGCGAAGUUACCCAGUAUGACGAAAUGGUAGAUCUAGCAUGCAAUAACCGCGGUUAUGUGGGACAUAUCAUUACCAUGGCGGACGUGCGCGAUCUCGUGCAAGAAUAUUACAGAAUUAUGGGACGGCCUAUGGUUUUAAUGAAUAAUCAUUCUCAAAUUUGGACAAAUGCGUAUUGGCAUCCGAGAAAUGUCCUUGGGGUAGUCGUUUCCACAGCUCAACCCAUAUUUAACCGUUCCGCCAUAGCGGGUCAUAAAGGAGAUUUGCUUGGAGUAGCGGGAAUAGAUGUACCGAUAGAGGAUUUCGUCAAAUCACUCACUCCACAUAAAUGGGGCGUGGGAUCCUAUAUUUUUGGAAUAAAUCACAACGGGAAAGUUCUUUUUCAUCCAUCAUGGAAACUAUACCUUACACCUGAAGGCUAUCGAUCACCAAGGAAGCCAGAGAUCGAUCUUGCACUGGUGGAAUUUGAAGUGAAUAAAACAACGAUUCCAACAUCAUAUGACAUGAAGCUGCGAAACGACAUGAUCAAUCAAAUAACCGGAAAUAUCCAAAUGCAAGUGUUACGUUCGUUGCAGGACGGGAAACGUGUAUUUGAACGGGAUUAUCAGUAUUAUUAUACCUCUCUUCCUCAAACACCCUUCAGCGUUGCCAUUGCAAUUCCAAUUGGCAUGGGCAGACCAUAUUCUGCAAAACUUCGAAUCGGUGGAAAAUUUCCUGCGAUUAAUAUUGCCGGGUUCCUCCAGAACACGGAAUGGACUGUACAUCCAAAGUGGCCUUACUGCAAGCUAUCAUCGAUAAAAAAGCCAACCGAUACCGUUACGCUUUUGGACAACAAAGCGCACGAACAGUAUGCAGUGGAUAACAGCGAAAACUCAACCCAAACUUGUGACGUGGAAUUGACAGAGUCACUGGCAUUUGACGCAAAAGCUACGUUUGCAGCCGGAAAUCAUUGGUUUGCGGAUAUUAAGGAGCACAGUGACCUUUACGGUUUAUACGGAAUCACCACUUGCUUUACUGUAACACGGGCUGGUCUGACGCGGUGGAAGGAUCUGAGAAGACCGGUGAUAAAAUUUAACUCUACUGAUUCCACAAAUAGUGCUUACGAUUUAGCUUACCUUGACGAUCUCCCGUCCAAUUCGACCGACAACACAACGUCAAAACACUUCUUCCACAUAUUCACCAAAGCUGUGGACGAAGCAUUUUACGAAAGGACCAUAGCAAGUGCAGCGGAUGUUACAAUCUCGCCAAUGAUAGUGCCUUCCAGUGAUGAAAAUAACAAUGUUAAAGUCUCCCGAGAUGUAUUCAUGGCGUCUCUGCCUGUUUUUAUUGGAGACGAAAGCCGGAAACAAGCACCAGCUGCUGUGACUGGGAUCAUGAUGCGAAUAAGUGGACUGAGAAACCUUCUGUUGCAAUUAUCGAAAAAUACGUGCAACGGAUCUUCCAGCUGUUUAUCGUGCCAUAGUCCGUCAAUUGUGUGCUAUUUAUUGGAUGAAAACGGAUAUGUAAUAAUGGAUAACCGCUAUCCUGAAAAUAGCGGCAAAUUUUUUGGUGCAUUAGAAGGGGAAGUUAUGGAUGCUCUGGUGCAAUGGGAAGUCUACAAAAGAGUUACGAUAAGGGAUUACCAGGACAUGUGCAAACCAAACAAGACAGAAAAGAAUGCUGGAUGCAUUUCAAAACCUUGGAUAAACGUGCACAAGAUGCUGCAAGGGCUGUUAAUCUUAGCAGAACUACUGUACGGGCAGCUUCUGUUCUUGCUGUCGUUAUGCAAGUCCGUUUUAACCGCCGAGGACUACUAUAUAUAUGAAACUUACGGUAAUGACACCGUCGAGCAUGUGCCGGAACCACCUCGAUUCCCUUGUGAAACAGAUACGACACUGUUUACGUCGACCUGGAAUGAGCUGAAGCUGUCGUUCCAGAUCAACUGUUUAUCCACCUGCGUAAAGAAUGUAGAAGUCUAUAAGGUUUCGUUGACCAAUCUCAUUCUGGUUGCACUGGAUGGUCAAAGGUCAUGUCCGUGCGAUGGUACACGAAUGUCAGCUGAACCGCGACAAGUAAAAUAUUCCGCAGCGGAGGAGUGUCGAAUAUUUAACGCCUUCCCUUACCGAAAACGCCCUGCAGACUGUGCUCCGUACUUUCAAUCCGAAGACUAUUCCGAAUGCGGUAGACCUUGGGUGCCUUACAGCACAUCGGACCGUGGAAUCUUGGUUGUUCCUGAUAAAAGUGCCCUUUUGCUUUUCUUGUCUUUCAACAUAUUGGUGUACUCAGUACAGUAACAUAAUUUUUGCAUACAGUGAAUGAUGAAACUUAAAACUGGUAAGAAAAUUGUCUUUAGAAUUCGUUGGUACAAAGGAAUCGUUCACAGUUUUCCAGCUGAAUUCCCCCAUGACUACCUGGAACGUAUGCACAAAUUAGUAAAAUGCCAAAAUGCAACAUCGUGCUGUGUCAAAAAAGUUUUUUUUCCAGAUUCGAAUAAAUUUUAUGCUCAGUUAAUAAGAAGAAC